AUGUGUGACCAGCAAAUCAGGGAAUGGCUAUAUGUCGCUGGUGGUGUACUGAAAGUUCGAUACAUCUCCCCUGUCCCAGCUCCUGAAUCCAGCAUAAGAAUCCCCGGCUCGUCGCCACAAAAGCAAUUCUCCAACUUACUGCACCAAGAGCACACGCAAGAUUUCUUUGCCGGUAUUGAAGUUGAUGAGAUAUGGUUAAAUCCUCGUCUUUUCUCGGACCCGGGUCUGUUUGUCAGCCCCCGUCGGGAGCCUCAUGCCGACUCGCCGCCACCUUGCUGUGCUUUCUCGCAGACGAAAGACCUCCACGGGCUAGGUGGCAUUUCGUCUUUGCAUUACAUUCAUUCCAACAUCCUUCAAGAAUCAUACCGCGACUCAGAUCUACCUUACAACGAGCCACUAGAAGUAGUCGGUCCCCGAAAUCCGGACAGUGCGUUUCUAUCCAAGCUCAACCCAUUCUUUCCUCAUCAAAGGUCCCGCAAUGCAGCGGUAUAUGAGACACCCCCCCACCGGCAACAUUUAGAAUUAUCGCCAUGCUUACCACCGAGCUAUUCAAUCUCUCCGCACCCAGCUUGGCCUGAUGAUAGCCCCUUAUCUAUUUUCUUUUCUUCUUCUUCUCCUUCUUCUUCACCUUGUAUCCUUUCUGCGGAAAGUUCCAAGUUGCAAGGCAUGGCUCAAGUCUGUGAGGAUACGAACAUUCUGCACUCCAAUAGUCAUCACAAACCCACGAUCGAUCCUGAGCGAGGAUCUUUCCGUUGCAUAAAAUGCUCCAUCAAUCCCUUCAAGUACGAAAGGGAUUUAAAGCGACAUCUGGAUAGCAAACAUUCCGGUGCCUUUUAUGUCUGUCGAUGUGGGUAUUCUAAUGGGCGGAAGGAUGUUUACCGAAAUCAUCUCCUCAAAGAGAACUGUAGUGGUGAAAGGUCCUACAUAUGUACUUGUGGUCGUUCUACUUGCGAUCUUGCCGAACAUCGCCAUCAUUUCGAGGGCUGUCGGAAAGGAAAGCGAGGAAGACCUACAAAGCAGAACGCUCGUGUCAAAGUUUGA